UAUUUAACUCAACAUAUUCGGUUUCUUAUCAAGAAAAUAUACAAAUACAGUUUUCCCCUCUAAAUUCUAAAAAUAGUAAAAUGAUUAUUGGAGGACUAUUUGCAAAUCUGUUGCUAAUCGCAGCUUGUAUUUACACAAUGCGCAACCUUUCUAGCGCAGAGCAUCCUUAUGGAUAUGUUGUGGCUGGAUUUUGCUUGGUCGAAGGCAUAGCGGGCCUGCUUCGUGCGUUGCCAGUUGCGGAUGAUGAGGAAGGCGGAUUCGCAUUUGUCAUUUCGUCCACCAUUUUGGAAGUCAUGCCGUUGCCCAUGGCUAACAUCGAGUUUUAUCUAAUAUCGGAUCUCUCAGGAGUGGCUAUGCUCCAUUUGUUGACCCUUAUACCACUAAUCUAUGAUGUGGUGGACAAGAUUCUCGACGAUUCGGACCCUGGCUUAACGGAAUGGCUUAAAGAUCUUGCACUAUUGGGGAACAUCGGUUCAAUGGCGUACUUGGCUAACAAUGACGACAACAACCCCGUGUACUUCGGAGUGGUUGGCAUAUCGUUCUUCGGAAGAUAUGCCGCUGACCAUAUUUGUUUUCUAAAGGAUUUUGGUUGUAAUCUGGCUAUAAUGACCAACGCUGGGACCUUGUAUCUAAUGACCUACGCCCUCACUGCGCCCCCAAAAUAAAACACAUUUUGAGGAGAUUUAAAUUAAUCGGUCUUAAAACUUUAAAAAAGCCGAAUUCACCACAUAUUCGUACCAGCAAAAUUUUAAAGGUCAAGUCGUUAGCAUAACCGGCUGACAUGGAUUGUUAUGAAGAAAAAACUAGAACCUUUUUGCUGUACCGUUUAUAAGCCAACUACAGUUAACGUUUUUUCGAUGGCAAAACUUUAGCAAAAAGAAAACAGAAUAGAUUUUUCGCAUGUCGUGGGAAGACGAAGCGAAGCGUCUGAGUCUCAUAAAUCAUACGCCGCCCAUCAUCAGUCAACGAGACAAUGGACGUGUCCUCCGAAAAUGUGGGCAAGUGGAACAACGCCCGAUCCAGUGCCGGGAUGCGAUGGAUGAGCGAAAUGUAAGGAGAGGAGGGAGAAGAUUCUCCUGGUAGCUACUGGUCCCUCUGCAGCUGUCUGUCAUCGUCACGAGCAACAAGGUUAAAUACUCCGGAUGCCUCUAGGAGUCCGCUCCUCUUGUGAGUGUCAACGUCUUGUCCCCGGAAUGUCAGUGUGACGAGGUCAAAGGAAAUUAAUUAAAGACCCUCGUAUUGCGUAAAUGAGGGACGAAGAAGGAACUCGAGGUAACCAUACAAUGGGGGAGUCAUAUCUCGUUAGGGUGUGCAAAUCGCCUUUAGUCCCCAUGCUUGGAUUGAGUUAAAUAUCCAGUCGAAGACUAAUUUGCGGUUCAUUGAAUUUAAUUUAACCGUAAUUGAGCUCGUGAAUCUCCUGUGCAACAAAAGCAAUUAUCGAUUUGCCUGAACACAGCUCUAUUCAUAGCUCAGAGGCGUUGAAACGCUUUCAUAAAGUUGAGCGAUACCCGAAACCGAAACAAUUUGCAGGCUCGGAAACCUCAUUAGGUGUGAGAACCCUUGGGGCCCUGCAGAGAUCCUUCGCAUUGCCCUUCAUUGCUUCUCGUUCUAGAAAUCUUUUUAUUUCCGCUGACUUUCAAGGGCGCUGCAAAUUAAUUGAACAUGACCGGACCAAGAGUUUCCACUGAAAAGAUAAAUUAAGCAAAGUGCCUGGCCGGGAAUUAGGCAAGCGGAUUGGAAGGCAAAUCCUCCCGAAAGCUCUCUCGCCUAAUUAAAACGGGGCUGCCAAGAAAAACGGCCCAGGCCUGAACUCUGGCCAUUAUAAGGAGCAAAUCGCAUUGAGAACGGCUGAGCCGGCACAUAAACAAUGUCACAAACAGAUUUUCGGUUUCUCCAGGACAAAUCCAAUGAAAGCUGUGUGCCCGCCCAAGCAAUUUCGGAUAAGGAUUCCGUUAAAUUGUUUUGAUAUUAUGAAAUGGACAACGACAGCUUUGCUUGGCUUUAAGUUCGAGCUGAGAAACUCCUUAAACAGAAAUUUACAAUUAUAAUCUCUGUAAAAAAAAAACGGGACAAAAAACGUAUUCCAACGAAAAUAUUCGGAAUUAAAUGACUAAAGAGGAACAUAAUUCUGGUUGCAUAGCACCUAUAUUAAUGAUGCUGGCUAUUUUCGAAAUUACAUUUCUUGCGGCUGAUGACGCCUAAUCAGGAUAUAAUGAAUGAUGACGAAAGCAUAGUCAACUGAUAAUAAAAUCCAAUGGUAAUUCAUAUUUUGACGAGCUAUUUCAGAAUGUUUUCAUGAUGUAUGGAAGAGUCGGAUUCCUGUCUAUCUGACAGCAGUGAAAGCAAUAAAUCAGAACUAAUUAGCGGUUUGGUGUGGCAGAGAAAGCCGCAAAUGCCACAUGCCAGUGAUUUUGGGCAAAUAAUGACUACGAAAUACUAAUUAGCAGAAUGUGUGUAUAAAUUAAUUGAAAUCCGGCUGCAUACGUAACAACUCGCAAGUUUUCGGUACUGUAUUGUGUAAUCUGACAUUAAGGCGACAAAUUUAUGUAUAAAGAGAGGAGAUCCCAAACAAAUAUGUCAGUUUUGCUGUCAUUGUCCAUCGGGGAGUGGGGAGUGGAGAGUGGAGAGUGGAGAGUGGAGAGAAGAGAAAAGGUCCUCGACACGUACAAGGGCCAUAACUCACAGAGAAACAAGAGCAGAUCCCAUGAAACGGGUGCAAGUUCAUAAAUUAUGGCACUAUACAUACGUUCACUUUCCGGCCAGAACGACUUUGACACUCGACUCGCAGUUAACAGUAACAGGGUAACGGCAACGUAACAGCGCCGUCUCGGUAGCGUCCGAGCGUAAUUAAUGGACUUACUGGCGUUUUUGUUUUUGCUUCUGUUUGGCCCGAUAAUGCGUGUUCAUUGGGCUUUUAGCACGCUCAGCGUAAUUGAUAUGCAAUUAAACGAAAACCAAAAUUCAAAUGAGCCCUCCAGUAAUUAAAUCAAAACCAAAAUUCGAAUAAGCUCUUAAGUAAACCACGCUAAAGCUGUUUAAGCCCUUUUAACGCUCUCAUUUGUUCAACUCUGCCAAAACAACGCUGGAUGCAGCACAGCACUCCGGACAGAGGACAAAGGAUGGAUGACGGGCAACUGGCGAACACGACAACUACAUUAUAGAUUAUUUUGAAACAUUUUAACUUGUUCGAACUCUUAACACGCUCGGGGUGCCGGUUAUUUCCGCUCACUGGGCACAAACAUACUCGUCUGGAUACUGCCUCACGUACGUGGACAAUUUUGGGUAGAGGACUUGCGGUCAAAAUGAAAUGAUGCUGAUGCGCUAUUGGACUAUAAAACGUGGCCAGCCAACCGUGAAAAACAAGGCUGAAUGGGAGAACACAGGAGAAAAACGAGGCACGAACCCUGGCCAGGGUGGAUACAGCUUUAAGCCCAUCUCUGAAAUGUAUGCUACACAAUUUGAACGCAUUUAGAAAAUUCCCAAAUGUAUUAUUCAAGACCCUCAA